AAUGAUUGAGCUUCAAUCCCUUGUCACUCAUGGAAGCAACCAAACGUUCCUCCUACACGCUGCCCUACCAGCCACUCCCUUCAAUCCAAAGGUACCGGAAAAGACCCUUAAUUGUCACCAUGGCUUCUUCGCAUGGAGGGAAGGAUAAUAGACGAGAUUUUUAUCAGGGUAAACUCGUGGAUGAGAGCAUGAUCGAACUAAGGAUGCGCAUUAAGGAGAUCAAGGCGUCAGAGAAGCUGCCAGACGGUUGGAUGGAAUGGGAGAAACGAUAUUUUGUGCAUUACAAUGCAAAUAUUAUUGUGGCAGUGGGGUUGUUGCAGAAUUUUUUGAUGAAUGUUAGGCCGAGUGUGGGGUUGGGGAUGAUGGCACUUGUUAUGUUGAGUUUGCCCGUGUCAACUUGGGUGAUUUUGUUUCAUGCUGCAGAGUUUGCCAAAGGUUUCAUUUCAGGGUUUAUUAUGAGAUGAUCUGUUGAAAUUUGAAAGCUUUGCUGUUGCAAGUUUCUGGUUCUGACCAGGUCCGCUUUGAAACGGAGCCAAUAUAAUUUUAUUGGCGUC